AUGCAGGAUGAGCACAAGUUCAACGCCGAGGACCGCAGGCGCGCCCCGCCGCCGAACACCCCCGAGCGCGCGCUCGACUACCACGAGCGCACUAACGAUGACAAGCUGAUAGCGCACGCGAGUCAGGUCAACCACCUCUCUAAGCCACGUCACCGCAACUGCUUGACGGAGUUUAUCAUUGUUGAGACACCUGUAGUAUCGUUUUUGGUCGACAGCAGUGACCCGUCGCUGUGCCUGUUGCGUCGCUCAGGUCGCCAAGGUACUAAAAAUGAGGAAAAGGGAGUCCACUAG